AAAGAAAAUCAUGUCUUUUUCUAUUCUGAGAAGAAGAAGAAGAAGAAAACACAUUCGCUUUACCAUUACAAACCCCCCUAGAUCUUUCUUCACAGUUCACACAAUCCUCUCGCGUUGCAGCAGGAUGAAAGAUGAUUGAUUCUCCCAAAAGAAAAAGCGCCCUUCCUUGAUCAUCAUCAGUCCAAUGCUCUGCUGCUGUCGUCUGUCAGAUUGAUUGAUAGAUAAUCAUAAUCAUAUUCAUGGCACAAUUCACUGCUCAGGGGCGACUAAAACUUCUCUUGAAUGGAAAUGGGUUACCCACUGGAUCAUCUGAAUCUAAAUCUAAAAACCCAUAUCAUAAUAAUAAGCUUUCUGGAGGAGGAGGAGGUGGGGGUAACCCAAAUCCAAUUUCUCGUCCGGCUCACAAACGCAAGCUUAUUUCCUCCGCAUUGAACAAUAAAAAUACGAGGGGACGAUCAUUUUCUUCUUCCCCUCCGUCUCAGCCUUCGUCAUCAAAGAGGAAAACCGAUGAUAGACUUUCUGAAGCAACUUUCUAUGGCGAAAAUUUCUCAGGAGACGAUGACAUCAGUGAGUUUGAUAGUGACGAUGAGCUCUCCUCUUUCAGAGGCUUAGUCUUGGAUGUCUCUUACAGGCCCGUCAAUGUUGUGUGUUGGAAGCGUGCUAUUUGCUUAGAGUUCUUGGAAAAGGCUGAUGUUUUGGAAUAUUAUGAUCAAACUGUUAGUUCACCAAGUGGAUCUUUCUAUAUUCCUGCUGUACUAAGGGUUCCCCACUUAUUGCAAGUUGUCAAGAUAAAAAGAGUUAGAAAUACUCUUAGUCGUAAGAACAUUUUAUUUCGUGACAGUUUCACUUGUCAGUAUUGUUCGUCACGCGAAAACUUGACUAUUGACCAUGUCAAGCCUAUGGCAAGAGGCGGAGAAUGGGAAUGGGAAAAUCUGGUUACGGCCUGUUUUGGAUGCAAUUCGAAGAAAGGGCAAAAGACAUUGGAGGAAGCCAACAUGAAACUUCUCAAGGUGCCUAAGGCUCCCAAGGAAUAUGACAUACUUGCCAUACCCUUGACGAAUUUUACCAUGAAAAUGUUAAAAACGAGAAAGGGUACUCCAGAAGAGUGGCGUCAAUAUCUAUCUUAGUCAUCAUCUUAUCAGUUGUGGCGUCUCAAAUUUAUAUGCCUGGCUAUGAUCUGUAUAUAUAUAUAUACAUACAUACAAUACAUAUGACGAUUGUAGUCGUCAACUAAUUGACAUUGAUAUUAUAUGUGACUCUAUGUACAGUUCUGUAUAUUCUUAACCCAGAUUAUUCGUCGAAAGUAUAUCUCAAAUAAAUAAAAGAAUAUCGGGUUA